UUAGUAUCCAGUUAAAUUUACAUUAACAAACAGAGAAUAGCUAAAAACAGCACUAGGAGAAUCCCAAUCAUCCUCCCCAACCCUAACACCAGGUUUAAGAAAAGUUUGAUAGUGUAAUAAGAAUGGAGAAGAGAGUUAAAACAGAAGAUUAUGCAUCUCAACUGCCGCAACACUUGUUGCAUCACAUCUUGUCUUUCCUUAAAAUAAAACAAAUUAUUCAGACUAGUGUUUUGUCAAAAACUUGGUAUCAAGCGUGGAACACUUUCCAGAUUUUGGAAUUCGAUUUCUCUGACAUCUUUUCCCAAAACAGAGCUAAAUACGAGGUAAUUGAAUCAACUUCCGACGUAAACAGACAACAACUGUAUAGUUUUGUUGAUCAAAUUUUGCUGACCCGGCGUCGGCAAAUGAUUAGUUUAAAGAAAUUUACAGUCAUUAUGCCUUGGUUAUACCUAGCACCACAUACCAUGUCUGCAAUCGAUCGAUGGAUUGGCUAUGCUCUUGAGAGUCAUGUCAAAGAACUGAAAGUUAAAGCUGGUAAUUACAAUGUAAAAUUGAAGUAUAUCGUGCCACUAUCAGUCUUUGAUUCGAAAUGGAUGCAGGUUCUGUAUCUACUUGGCUGCAAGCUGAAGCUGCCGUUUUCUGGUAACGUAAAGCUACCUUGCUUGAAGAAAAUCACUAUUGGAACUGUCCAUGUGGAUGAUAACUUUAUCAGAGAAUUCCUUGCUGGUAGUCCAAUGCUUGAAGAUAUAUUUUUCUGUGAUAUUUCCGGCAUCAAGGGAUUAAAUGUAUCUAAUCUUGUGAAACUUGGAAAAAUUUUCCUAAGACUUCCUGAUCUUGAAAAACUGACGAUCGAUGGACCAAAUGUCGAGUCAAUUACAUUAGAUAUAGGACAAUAUAAGUGGUGUAAUAGCGUAAAUCUUGGUGUUUCCUGCAAAUAUUUAUCAAUCUCGUCUCCAAUUUCGGACAAAUGGUUGAAUGAGCAGCUGAAGAGGUUACCUCAUCUUGAGAACUUGAAAUUAUAUUUCUGCCCUAAACUGGAGAGGAUUGAGAUCUCGAAUCCUCUUGUUAGCAAGUUGUUGAUAAAUCGUUGUGACAAGCUGAGUAUUGUUCAGAUUGAUGCACCUUGUUUACACCACUUUACAUACCGUGGCAACGUUGUUUCAGUAUUGUCUUCUACAAAUCACGUAACUCUAUCAGAGGUUUCAUUGGAUAUUAGUUCGGAAAAGAUGGAUAUCACUUGGUAUGUCAGAUUGAUUGAACUAUUGGCCAAUUUCAAUACUUCUUUCAAUGUAUUGAAAUAUGUGUUCACAAGCUGGACAGGAAAGUGGGUUGUUAUUCCAGAAGAAGUGAGAAAAAUGGCAGCUCCUCCUUUAAGUAAUGUUAAAGAAUUGAAUCUUCAAAUUCAGUCUCAAACAGAAGCUCUUCCAAUGGCUCAACUUGAGGAUGCUAUGUCAUGGAUUGCUCCUCAUCCCCAGAGUCUAUCCAUAUCUAUGAAUUAGUACUAUUAAAGUUAAGUGGAAGCUCGGGCUCGGUCCUAUACGGUAUAUGACAAUAACUUAAUUAAUCUUUGCUCUAAUUUUUAAUUUUUCAAGAUAUUAUUAUACUAUUCUCAUAGAAAAUUCUUAUGUAGUCAUGAUCAUGAUUUUAUAUGCAUUUAAGUUUAAUCCAAA